AAAAGCAAAUAUUCUAUUAGAGAUUGGUCCUCAAGCGACAUCGUUUAUAGAUGUUUCAGUCUCAAGCUGUCCUCCGUGGUGAUCCUGUGGCAGUGAGGCGUCGUGCUUCACAAACCGAUGGGGUUUCUCCGACCGAAGGGACGCUAAUGACGAAAUUUCUCGAGGGAAAUGGAAAGCUGUGAGAUAUGAGAAGCAAUUAGGCGAUUCAGAUUCUGCGAUCACUGUGUUGUGUUGUCUCUUUCCCAAUUGUAGCUGCCCGAGCACUGUGAGUUCAGUGUCGGGUUCGGGUCUGCGAUGGUUCCUGCUGUGAACUGGAGUUACUGAUUCUUCGGCCAUUUUGAAUCUUCUAGUUUACUGUUGUGUCCGGCAUUGCUAGGGAGAAAAUAAGAAGAAGCAUGGGCUGGAUUCCAUGUUCUGGAAAUCCAACCGGUAAGAAAAAGAGAAAGAAUAAGAUAAAGAAGACGGAAGUGCAGGAGAAUAGGGUAGAUCAAACCAAGACAACUCCAGGGAAGUUGAAGAGGAACUCAUCCACUAGUUCCAAAGAUACCUCUAAAAAUGGGAAUUCUGAUCACAUUGCGGCUCAGACUUUCACAUUCCGUGAGUUGGCGACUGCAACUAAAAAUUUUAGGACAGAAAGUCUUUUGGGAGAGGGAGGAUUUGGCAGGGUAUACAAGGGGCGUUUGGAAAGUUCUAAUCAGGUUGUCGCGAUAAAGCAACUUGACCGAGAUGGGCUGCAAGGAAAUAGAGAAUUCCUUGUUGAAGUAUUGAUGUUAAGUCUACUUCACCACCCUAACCUUGUCAACCUUAUUGGAUAUUGUGCUGAUGGAGAUCAAAGGCUUCUAGUUUAUGAAUACAUGCCAUUAGGAUCCUUGGAAGAUCACUUAUAUGAUAUUUCUCCUGCCAAAAAACGGCUUGACUGGAACACGCGAAUGAAAAUUGCUGCUGGGGCGGCCAAGGGAUUGGAAUAUCUGCAUGACAAAGCAAACCCUCCUGUCAUAUACCGAGACUUAAAGUGUUCAAACAUUUUGCUUGGGGAGGGGUAUCAUCCAAAGUUAUCUGAUUUUGGUUUGGCUAAACUUGGACCUGUUGGGGAAAACACCCACGUAUCCACAAGGGUUAUGGGUACCUAUGGAUAUUGUGCUCCAGAAUAUGCCAUGACUGGUCAACUGACUCUGAAAUCAGAUGUUUAUAGCUUUGGCAUAGUUCUGCUGGAAAUAAUUACAGGAAGGAAAGCCAUUGACAGUUCAAAAGCUGCGGGGGAGCAGAAUCUUGUUGCAUGGGCUAGACCCUUGUUUAAAGAUCGAAGAAAAUUUUCACAGAUGGCUGAUCCAAUGCUUCAAGGUCAGUAUCCUCCCCGAGGCUUAUAUCAAGCCCUUGCUGUUGCAGCAAUGUGUGUUCAGGAGCAAGCAAAUAUGCGGCCAGUUAUAGCUGAUGUCGUCACUGCCUUGUCUUAUCUUGCUUCCCAAAGGUAUGAUAGCAAUUCGCACUCUCUUCAUAGCCCACGCCUUGCCCCUGCUACGCCUACAACCAGGAGAGGAAGAUGAUAUGGAACUGAUCACGGUGUCGUGAUUUUUCACGUACGUGAUUUGAAGGAAACUUUUCCAUGUUGUAGCUCUAAUGCAAAAUAUAUGUCUAUAGACGUUAAUAUCAGCUGUUCUUUUGUGGUUAUUAUUUAUUUCUCAGGUCAGAGCAUAGUCGCGGAAAAACUUUGUGAAUUUUUGUUUUUAUUUAUGUGAAGAGGGUGCAUUGAACUGCUCCUGUUUCCGUUGGAGCUAUUACAGUA